CCCGGUGCCACUUUUUCGCAGCAACCCUCCCAUAAGCCUCCAUUCCGCAAACGGCACACUUGAAAGUACUGUAUACAAUUACAGGUGCAUAUACAUAGGAAACAGAAAUACAAUAACGUAGACUCGUUGUGAGCGACAGGCGGCAGGCACAUACACCGUAUCAUUCAGGUUUCCCGCAAACCGCCUCACUUGUCGCAACUGUGAUCUUAGCCAAGAUUCGUUCGCGUUGUUGGUGAUCUUCAGGGAGCUGGGCGCUGAGGACAAGGUUUAGCCAUUUGAAGUAGAAGGUUGCUCCAUAGCGUGCCGGUGGACCGCAGUGUGGGAGGGGCGUCUUCACGAUGGCGACAGGUGACUUGAGAAACAACCUAUUGAAGGUGGACGGGGACUUGCGCAGGCUGCGAUAUGGCGGCUCUCUAGACCUCUAUGCUGCCAGCAAAGGAGACCCCGUAGCACUCCUACCGUUGAUCCACUUCGUGCUCCUCGACUACUCCCCAGAGCUCUCACUCUACUUGACAACGAAAGGUUUCUGCGAUCUCUCAACCAAGAGAGACAUACGCUUCAUGGAAGCCGUCUACAAAAUGUUAAGGGAUGAAUUCGAUUACCGACCGCAGAUCACCCGUGAUCAGUUCUUUUCGACCGGGUUUGCUGAACGGAAGCUCAUAUUCAUCAGUGACUUGAUCAGAAUGGUCGAGCAAAAGACCCGAGAUCUGAAGCGGGACGGUGGUGGGCGGAACUUGACUGGGACGACGGGCCGAAGUGGUGGGGCGCAUGGGGUCAAAGGGCAUACUACGAAUGCCGCGUCAAGGCAGCCUCGCGGAACGGGGCCGGCGUCAAAGGCAACGAUCACAACACACAGCAGCUCUUCACAGGGCAGUCGACCGGUUUUGGUGCCAUCGAAUCGUAUCCUGGUGAAGAACGUCUCGGUGAUACCUGACCAGCGCUCGCCCAACUACGAGAACGGGUUCAGAAGUUCGAGGGGCUCCACAACAUCGAAAGAAAGCUCGUUCCACCCUCGCACAUCAGGGGCAGGUGUCGGACGGGCCACAUUUACUCGACACCCGCAUUCCAGUGACUCGCCACCGCAGGCCUCCCACUCUGAUAACAGCUUUGGGAGCGAGAAUGGAUACGAGCGGCACGAGGUUUCUGGCAGUAGCGAAUCCUCCGACCUACUUCGCGGGAUGGACAUCGUUCAACAACGCCAGGCGCAAGCGCAUGUCGAUCAGUCCACGAUAUCCACAACGAAUGAGACUCGCACGCAUGUUGAGCGGCAUUACGCCCCGCCACAAACCAACUCCUCCACUUCCCACCAGGCGCAACAACAUCUGCGGCCCCAUACUUCUAGCAAGCCUUCAGGUCCCUCACGUCCGACCCAGAACCGCUUCCCAAUGCGCCCAGGGGAAGGCACAACGAUCUAUGAGCCGGCUAUCGCUCCACAACCGGCUGCCCCUCCACCCACGUUGCCGCCUCAAAACUUUGAUAUUAGUUUUCAGUCACAGCCGUCAAUGAUGAGGACGACACCGAUACCCAAAGCUGGGAUGCUGGAUGAUACCUUCAUUUCGGAGCCGUCGAUGCAGGAAGAUGGGCGUGGUGCGAGGGGUGGUUUAGGUGGCAACGGUCCUACGGCGGGACAAUUGCUAAACGGUGAUCGAUCGUGGGAGCAGAAAGUCGAAAAUCAGGAAGAGGGUCAGCGACAGGCGACAAAUUGCGGCCCCCUGAACGACGUACAGCAACAUGACACACGGCGAGAACCGGGAUCAUCUCACCCAGCACCCGACGACGUGCAUGAUACAGCCCCGGCCCCGCGGAAAAGCAGCAGCUUGACAUCACCCUUCCUUCUCCGCUCCUGGGUGGCGCCAACCGCUCCGCCAGCCAACACCGUCCCGUUGCCAUCACCCACACACGCCAAUCCAUACGCGCAACAACAACAAAACCCACAUAGCCAACUUCAAGCAUUACCCAGUCAGUCGAAUUCCUCACCCAAUGCCUCCAUACCUCUGCGCACACUACCAAAUGAUCAAGUGUCCGUGGAAGCAGUGUUUGAGCAUUUCAUGAACAUGUUUGCUGUGAAGCAUGAGGAAAUUAUGAGCUUGCGACAUCAAAUUGCUGCCGUUGCAGACCAGCAGGAAGGGAUUGCAUCGGAACUGGUGUCCCGCAUUCAGUCGGUGGAGAACACCUUGAGGACAAUCCAGGAGACCGGCUCGAGGGCAGUGAAUGGAUCUCGUGCACCUCCGGGUACGUGGAACGGCGCAACACCCUCCGAUGAUCGCGACAUACCAGCAUCGCAAAACCCCGAGUCGCGUCAUCCGAAUGGGCGUGCGGAUCACUAUUCUGCAACUGCCGCAUGUCAAUCCACCGAUGGGCGGACUUCACAAACCAUGCGGUCGGCGAAUGAGGUAUCUUGUCGGAGCUCUGAGCUACAACGUUACGCGUGGUCUUCACAGCCUGGCAACAUCGGUUCUCACAUGUAUAUUUUGCAGACGGCUCAUCCAGCCCACGAGGUAGCACCUGUUGAUCCGGACAAGAGUUUCCGCGCGACGAUCAGCACCUCGCAGCCGUCGAUGAUCAAUCCUACGUUUCGGGGCACGGCUCAGGUGGGUACAUCUGCGCCGUUCACAACAUUCGCUUUCAUAUGGGUGCAACGUUCAAUCAAGUAUUUAUAA